UCAGGGGUAUGGAAGACCCCGCUUUGACUGGAGGACGGCCAUCUGUCAACAUUGUGACCAGCAGGGCCACACUAUAAGGUUCUGUAAUAUAAGACGGGAAGACGAGAGAAGCGGACUGAUUUCCUCUACUAUGGAUGGGAAUAUCUACGAUCAGUUUGGGGAGGCCAUUGACAGAAGGCUUGGAAGAGUGAGGGCUGAAGCCCAACGAAGAGCGGCAGCUGGGCCACCACCCCCUACCAUGUUCAGGCUAUGGCAGGAAAAGGAGAAACCACCGUUUGGGGUGGAAGAAGUGGGGAGCGAUGAGAAAGUGACUCAAGGGCUGCGAGGAGGAAGUGAGACGGAAGAGACCAUAAUCAUUGAGUCAGAUAACGGGAAUGAGGAGGAAAGAACGGAGCCUCUGUCCGUCGUAUUUGAGAAGAUGGAGGACUUGCUGGAUAAGAUGGGGAGGUACCAACAGGAGUUGGUAUCGUGCCCUCAACCAGGAAUGAGGGGGAGACCCCUCACUCCGCAGGCCCGGCUGGCACAGGCAGCGCGAACGAGAAAUCAAGCCAAGGCCAGUACUAGCCAAGAGCCUCCAAGGGGGGAACACAAACCAGGGAGAAGGAAAGAGGUUGUGGAAGUAGAGGACGACGAUGAUGAAGAGGAAGAGGACGAGAGGCUGCGCAGAGAAGAGGAUCAGAAAGCGGAGCAGCGGGCAAGGAAGAAGGGAACCAGGGGAGAGGCCGAACCGGUCAUACAUGACGGACCGCCCAAAAAGAAGAAAUACGCGGUCCGGUUAGAAGAGGGAUUUGAUAUAGAGAAGGUGAUUGACCGACUGCUGGAAGGGCAUAAUGACCUCAUGACCCUGAAGGAAAUCCUAGCGUCAGCCCCGCGACUCCGCGAUGAACUAAAGGGGAGGUUAUCAUGGUGCUUGGUGCCCAAUCUCCAUCCGGGUACGAUCCUGCCCAAGGAGGCAGAGUGGGCAGAGUCAGGUACGAAGAUGGACUGGAAGUGCGUAGCCUGCGGUACGGUGAAUUUGAUGGUGAAGGGUUCCAAGUGCGCAGCAAUGGUGGACACCGGGGCAAAGAUGAACAUUAUUCGGGAGGCGGACGCGAUCAGAUUCGGACUGGAUAUAGACCGUUCCGACUGCGGUAUUCUGCAUGGAGCUAGCUGUAAGGCCAUGUUUUGCGGGACAGCCUCGAAUGUGCUCGUCGAGGUUGGAAAGGUGAAGUGGAUGAUGGAAUUAGCACUGGCCAGCUCGCAUAGCCUGGUGGAGGAUAUAAGGACGAUUGAGGAAGGACCUGGCCAGGUAGAACGGCAUGAGGACCUGAUGGGAGGAAUGUAUCUCCUCGUCAAUACAUUAUUGCAGGAAAGCCUAGACCAGUCAGGCUCGUUGAACCCGGCAGGGAAUGUGGACGAAAUACCCGAGAGCCAGGACGACGAGUUCGAAGAAGGGAAAAUUAAGGAAGUUUUUCGUGCAGAGGAGUACGACGGGAUCUACCUAGAGCUGGGGCUUCUUCUGUCAUGUGAAAUGCGGCUAAGAGAUACGAGCGAUAGGGCUCAAAGGAUGCUGCAGCGCUACUUAGUGCGAGACGGUCACCUUUUCGUGAGAAGGGAAGUGGGGAAUCCCAGGAGAGUCGUCUGCGGUAGGAAUCGUCAGAUCGACGUCGUAGCAGCGCUUCACGAUGGUAUUGCAGGAGGACAUCGAGGGGUACAAGCCACGAAUUCCAAGAUAAGUGAGUUGUACUACUGGGAUGGGAUGAUGGAUAUGGUCGGAAAGUUCUGCCGAUCUUGUUUACCUUGCCAGGAAAGAUCCUGUUUGAGGCAAGGAGAGUCGCUGCAUCCCAGGCUAGAGCGAGAGGUGGGGGCUGUAGUGCAUCUCGAUCUACUUUUUAUGCCACUUGGGGAUCAAGGCUAUAACUAUAUCUUCGAUGCGCGCGAUAACCUGUCUGGGUUCGUAGACGGGCGUGCUAUUCGCACAAAGACCGGGUCAGUCUUGGUGAGCUGCAUCGAGGAAUACUACCUGCGUUAUCCUUUCGCCAGGGAAUUCGUAAUGGACAGGGGAUCAGAAUUUACCUGCAAGGAGGUGCAAGAACUGUUAUCAAGAUUUGGCGAAGCGACGGGGACGUCGCUUAAUAUGGUCCGGUAAGUUGUCGGUGCGAAUACCCUUACAAGGGUAUCCGCCCUGGUUUUUGCAAGUGACAGAAAAUAGUUUUGGUUUAGAAUUUAAGUAUACCCCAC